CGCUUUUCUUCCUUUUUACUCCGAACUUCGAUCAAGAAAGGCAAGCGAUAAGCCAUCUCUGCCUUCAAAAUGCUUCUUUUUCAGGAUAUCUUCACCGGUAAAGACAUUCUCACCGACAGUUAUAAAAUGAAGCUUGUUGAUGACUUCGUUUAUGUGGUUGAAGGGAGCUAUGUUACGAAAUCUGGCGAUAAUUUCAGUGAUGAAAUGUUCGGAGGAAACCCAUCGGCUGAAGAACAAGUAGAGGAACUUGAACAAGCUUCUUCUAAAUCUGGAUUCGACGUUAUUUUAAACCACGAAGACCUCGAGGAAUACAACGAGCAACCCACUUUGAAGCAGUUCUUAAAAACCCUGAAGAAGAUCAUUGGUUUUGCCAAGGAAAAGAUUCCCAAAGACCGUUUUGACUCGAUCUUUAAACCAAAAAUGACCGAGUUCUUUACGACUGGUCCUGGAAAGGAAAGAUUCAGUAAUUUCCAGAUCUAUUUUUCUAAGGGCUAUAUCACCGAAGAUGGCGACGUUAAAGCCGCUCCAGUAUUAAUUGAUGCUGAUGACACCGGAAUGAAAUCAACAAUUUACUACUUUAAAGACUUGAUGGAUGAAGUCAAGAUGUAAGCUAGUUGUAGUUCUUCCAUUCAACAUGAUGUCUCAAUUUUAAAAUUCUUUAUGAAGUUCAUCAUGAACGUUAGUGUUGAAUUUCAGUUUUAGAAUUGUAAGAAUUAAAGGCCGAGAUCAAUAAAAUCUAAGUAUAUCUCCAUC